AUGGGGUGUACAUUUAGUAAAGUGAGAGAAAAAAAAAAAAAUGAUGAAAACAAUUCAAUAAAAAUCAACAAUGAUACUUAUAAUGAACUAAAAAUAGACUCCUUAAAAGAGGGUAGUAAUAGUACCAUUAAUAAAAUAAAAAGGAAAUCAUAUAAAAAUAAGUUUAAUGAAAUAUCUAAUAAAUAUUUUAUUAAAAAUUGUAACACGAACAGUAAUAAUGAAAUCAUAAAAAGUAGUAACAAACAUUUUACUCGGUUAAAUGAUAAAAAACAAGGAAGAGAACAAGCAAACAAAAAUGGAAAAUCGUCUUCAUUUAAAAGUAAAAAUAAAAUGUGUAUAGAAGAAGAAAAGAAAAAAAAAGAAAAAUUAAAAGAAAUAGAACAAAUGAAAGUCAUAAAGCAUAAAGAGAAAAAGAAAGAAAAUGAAAAAAAAGAAGAAAUAAUAUGUAAAACAAAGUUUAAGGAAAUAAAAAAAAUAGAAAAACAAAAUAACAGAAAAGGGAAUAAAAAAAAUAACGAAGAAAAUAUAAAAGAAAAGGAAAAAGAAAACAAAUUCGAAAAUAAUUCUUUUACAGGAAUAAUAAAUACAAUUAAUAAUAAUUUAAUAAAAAGAAAAUUUUCUUCUAGAGAUAAGAAAAAAAGUUCUAUAUGUAAAAUAGAAAAAUUAAUUUUGGAAAAAAAAAAAAAAUUAUUAUGUAAAAAUAAAAAGGAAAAUUUUACAGAAGAAAAUAAAAGAAAGAAUGAGGAAAAUAAUGAUAAUUCACGGAUGAGUUAUAAAAAAAAAGAGGAAAAAAUAAUUAGUGACAUAAAAAAAAAUAAAGAAGUUUUACUUUAUUAUCAUGAUUUCAGAAAUAUGAAAUUGAAAAAAAAUUACUUCAUAUAUAUAUAUGAAUUUUAUAAAUAUAAUGAUAAUAAAUUUAAUCUAUUUUCAUUAAUGCCUAGUCAUAUCGCUGAAAAUACAUAUGCUUCAAAAAUAUUAUUUGAAAGUUCCUUAAUUGGGAAAUAUAUAAUAUUACCAUGGAUAGAAAAUGAUCCUGAUAUAAAAAAUAAUUUAUAUUUGAAAUAUGUUUUAAAUUAUAUUCAAAAAAAAAAAGAAAUAGGGAAUGUAAAUAGCUGCGAAGAAAAUGGAGAAAUUAGUUAUUGCGGUUUUUUUCAGAGUAAAAAUGAACAAACAGGAACAAACAACUUAUUAAGAUAUUCUUCAGUAAAUAAAAAUUAUUUGCAUAAAUUUGAAUCAGAACAUAAUUUGAAAAGAAAGUUACGUAGCAUAAACAGCAAUGGAAUAAAUACAAAAAAGAAAGAUAAUAAAUAUGUAAGCAGUAGAAAUCUCAGUAUAGAUAAUUUAUAUAGGUUGCAUCUUAGAAAAAAUUCUCUAUGUAAGUUACAAAGUAGUAAAAAAAAAAAAAAGAAAAAAAUUAACAUAAAAAAUGCGAAAACAUUAAAUAAAUCUAUUCAAACGGAUUUAGAAGAUGGAAACACUAGAGAAAACAAUUUUAAUAAAAAUAGAACUGUAAAAAAAAUAAAUCAAUCUUUGAUUCAACAAAAAAAAAAAAGCAAUAUAAUAUACUCAUUAAACAAAACGGAAUAUCAUGAAGAUUCUAAUUUAAAAAAAAGAAGAAAUGAAAACGAAAAAAGAGUGAGUGAAAAAGAAAAAAUCACAAAAAUAAAAUCAAAAGACAAUAAUGAGAAAAAAGAGCUAAAUGAAAAAAUUGAUAAUGAAAAUUUAGGUUAUGAUUUAAGUAAUUACUCAUAUAUAGAAAAUGGAAAAAAGAAAAGCAAAAAUAACAAUUCAAAAAAAAAAAAUUUAAAUAAUAAUUAUGAUAAUAAGUAUGAUUACUAUAUUACUUCUAUAGAACAUACAAAAAAGAGAAACAUUAGAGGAACCAAUAUAAAUAUCAAAAAUAAAAGUGAUAUAAAAAUUAUAAAGAAGAAAAAAAAUGUAGUUAAGCCUUCUUAUUCUUUUGAAGAUAAUAUGAGGGUAACGCUGAUUAAAAAAACUUUGGAAUUUAAAAGUUCUGAUUUAAAAAUUACAAAAGAAGAAAUAGAAAAAGAUAAAGAAAAUGUAAAAAGAAGUGAAAUGAAAAAGGAAAAAGAAUUAAAAUAUGAAGAAGAACGGGAAGUUAAAAAGAAACAUGAUCAAGAAAAUAAAAAAAAAGAGGUAGUUGGUAUGGUAAGUAGAAUCAGUGGAAUAAAUGACAAAAAAGAAAAAAAAAAAUUAAAAGAAGAGAAUCAUAAUAAAAAAUUUUUUAGUAAAAAAAAUAAUAAAACAAAUUAUUAUAAAUAUUCAAAAAAUAAAGAAAUUAAUAUUUCUAAUAAAAAAAAAGUUAAUACAAAAAUUAAAAUAACUGAUUCUCAUAAAAUGGCUUACGAAGAAGUUUCUACAAAAAAAAAGAAUAAAUACAAGAAAAAUAAAGAACUAAAAAGUGAAAAUUAUAGCGAUAGUAAUUUUUAUUUAAAUAAUAAGAGAGAAAACAAUAAUAAUAAAAUUGAUGAAAUAAAACAAAGAGAUUUUACUAAAAUGAAUAAAUUAGAAGUUGAAAAAAAGGCGUUGCAAGAAUGUGAUCAUAAGUAUAAAUUAAAUGAAAACUGUAUAAAAAAAAAUUAUAUGUCAUGCUGGAAAUGUAAUAAAAAAAGAUGCAUAUUUCAUUACUUAAAUCAUUUUAAAUUAUAUGGAUGGUUAAAUUUUAAGUGGACAGAUCCUGAUGGAUUUUUAGAAUUAAGUAAUAGGCAAAAAAAAAAGUUUCAUACAUGGAAAAGAUUAUCAGAUUUAUACGAUAAUCCAAUUGUAAUGUCUACAGAUUUAUAUAAUAAUUGUAUAAGACAAGGAUUUGUUGCUGAUUGUUCUUUUUUAUCUUCAUUAACAGUGUUAAUAGAAUAUGAAAAAAAACACAAAAUACCAGUUUUAUCAAGUAUUAUAUCUCCAUGUACAUCUCAUUAUUUAUAUGUAAAUAAAACUUGGCCUAUUUUUAAUCCAAGUGGUAUGUAUAUAUGUAGAUUACACUGUAAUGGAAUUCAAAGAAAAAUAAUAAUAGAUGAUUAUGUACCUGUUAAAAUUAAUAAUGCGUUGUUAGUAGCUUAUUCAAAUAACCAGAAAGAAUUAUGGGUUACUUUAUUAGAAAAAGCUUUUGUUAAAUUAAUGGGAGGAUCUUAUUCUAUGUUUGGUUCUAAUCCAGGUUCUGAUUUAUAUUAUUUGACUGGUUGGAUUCCUGUUACAAUUUCUUUUAAAUCCAAGAUAAGAAGUUCUCCUCCUUCCUUUGAUAAGUCUACUAUGCAUUCACUACAAAAAAAAAAUUCAAAAAUAAAGAAAAAUGAAUUUAAUGAAUCUAAAUAUUAUAUUAAAAGAAUUAGUAAAGAUGAGCAAAAUAGUCAUUAUAAACUUAUAUCGAAAACACAGAAAAGAGAAAAAAUAAAAAAAGUACCAGCAAUAGAAAAAGAAGAGAAAAUGAAACACAAAAAAAAGAAAUCAAUCAAAAGAAGACAAUUAGCAUUUCCUUUUAUGAAGAAAAAUAACUGUACUAACAAGAUAUGUAAUGUUAAUCACUCAAUUAUAUCGAAUUAUCAUACAUUAAAAAAUUGUGUUAACUUAAAUUUGCAUCGUUUACAUAGAAAUUCUAAUUAUUCUUAUUUAAGAGAAGAUUUUAUAAAAUACAAAAAAUUGAAAAUUUAUUGGGCUUUUAAAGAAAUGUAUUUAUCUCAAGAGAAGAAAAUAAAAAAAGGAAAAAAAAAAAUUUUUAAGAAGAAUCAAAAUGGGAAAAAAUGUGUAAGAAGUUUAUAUAGUAAUGGAUGUUUAAAUUCCUUGAAUACUCAAAUAGAAUAUAAAUUAGAGGAGAAUAACUCAACAGAAGGCAAUCAUAUAAUAAAUAAUUCAGUUAACUAUAAUUUAGAAAAUAAUACCUUAAUGGAACAUAGUUCAAUAGAGAUUAAUUUAAAAAAUAUGAAUCUAAUGAAUCCUACUUUGAUAACUACAUAUUCAUUUAAUAACUUAAUACACUCCAAUGUAAUUACAGAUAUGUCGAGGAACAAUGACUUAUUUGAUAUAAAUAUAAGGAAAAAAAAAUUACUCAAAGAAAGUAAAGAUUAUGAAAUAUAUAAGAAUUAUAGAAAUAAAUUUAUAAAUGAAGAGAUAAGCAACAUGGAUUUAUCAUCAUAUGUAUGUGGUUCUAUUGAUAAUUAUAGUGAUUUGAACAAAAAAGAAGAAAGUUUAACUCCUGAGGUAGAGAAUGAGGAAUAUGAUAAAAGGUGGGAUAUUAUAUGGAAUAAUAUUUAUGAUGGAAUAAAAAAAGGAAAAUGCGUAGUUUGUUUAGGUACUUUAGAAUUAAAAGAUGCAGCACCAUCAGGAUUAGAUUACCCUGAAGGAGUAUCCAUGUCAACUGGAAUUGUAACUAGACAUGCUUAUUCAAUUUUAAAUAUUGAAACACAUAAUGAAGAUAAAUUAUUAUAUAUAAAAAAUCCCUGGGGAUGUAUUAGAUGGAAAGGAAAGUAUUCACAUUACGAUGUAACAACAUGGACAAAAGAAUUGCAAAGAAAGUUAAAUUAUUCUUUAGAAAAAGCAAAAAGUAAAGAUGAUGGAUGCUUCUGGAUACCUUGGAAAGAUGUAGUGAAAUAUUUUUCUCAUAUAUAUAUAUGUUGGAAUAGCGUUAUUUUUCCUUAUCAAUUUGAAAUUCACACUAAAUGGGAAAAUAGUGCUUUUUUGAAUUCCUCAAUACUAUUAGAUGAUACUCAUUUAGUAGCUUAUAAUCCACAAUUUGCUUUACAUGUGAAUGUACGAAAACAAGAUUUAUCAGAAGACGGUUUAUAUUAUAUCGGAAAAAAACCCAUAGAAGUUUGGGUUCUUUUGUCAAGGCAUGUUAGAGAAAGAAAAACAGAUGUCUCUCAAAAAUAUUUAGCUUUACAUAUUCAUGCAGGAAAGGAUAGAAUAAUUUGCCCAUUAUUUCCAAUUAAACAAGGAAUUUAUUCUAAUGGGGAAUGCACUUUUACGAAAUUAGUGAUUGGCGGAGUAGAAGAUAAUUUUAACUAUGAUGUAAAGAAACAAAAAAACAAUACUUCAAAUGAAAAUAAUUUUAAUUCUUCUCUAGAUAGUGAACAAGAAUUUUUGAGAAAUGUUGAUUUUGUAUUAAUUGUAUCUCAAUAUUCUCAGAAAGAAGAAUUUAAUUUUACGUUAAAAGUAUUUAGUCAUACUCAUUUGUCAUUAUAUGAGUUGCCUCCAUUAUUGCCUGAAAACUAUGAAUCUCUUUAUUUUAAAGGAGAAUGGACAAAUAAAAGUGCAGGUGGAUGCUCAAAUAAUUUGUGGUCUUAUUUUAGAAAUCCACAUAUACGAUUUUAUGUUCCUGAAGAGUCUCCUUUUUGUAUAUUUUUGGAGUGCUCCCAAGAACAUUCUGUUAAUUUAAGAAUUUUUAAAGGUUUAACAUCUUCUCCAAGAGGAUUAAAAAAAGGAGAAGUCAUAUCAAGUGGAGCAUAUAAGGCUGGUUGUUGUUAUAUCGAAUGCACCUUAAAAAGUGGAGUUUACUGUCUUAUCCCUUCUUUAUAUAGAGCAAACACUACAGGAAAUUACCAAAUAUGUAUACAUUAUCCAAAAUUUAAGCAAAAACCGAUUUUGUAUUUUAUUCCUUAUGCAUAUACUUUACCUCCCUUUUCUUUCUUUAAAUAUGUAGUUGUCCCUUUAUAUUCUUUAAAAAAUUAUUCAGUAAUUUUAUUUCAUACUACAUCAGUUACUUUAUUAUCAUUAAGAAUCACAUUUCUUCAAAAUAGGGAUAUUAAAGGAAUACCGUUAGUUAAUAUUUAUAAAAUAGUAAGUUCAACGGAUUUUUUUACCAAUGAUUGUGAAAAUGGAAAUAUUAUAAAAAAUAAUUAUUUUAACACUACUAUUUCAUAUAAUGGAUCGAUAUACAAACUAAUAGAAAAAUGUAACAUACAUGGUAGUUCAGGUAAUGAUAUUCUUCCUCUUUCUACAUGUGCUUAUGAUUAUUACAUAAAAUUUAAUUCUGUCUUAAUAUCAUUAGUAGAGUUAGAAAAUAACCUUACAUCAUAUUUAUUACUUAUAACAACAAAUAUAAAAGACGACAUUCUAUGUAAUCAUGAAGUUCAUUUUGUUUCUGAUAAAGCAAUUACUAUAGAUAAGUGUUAUCCUAUUCAUUAA